GGAAGCGCAAAGUCCUCUGAGACGAAGCUUUACUUACACUGGGGAUCUCAUGAUGUAAUGUCACGGUAUAUCAAUAAAAAAUAAAAAAAAGGAACUUCUGAAGAUAUUGCCAGGGGGAAGAUAAGAGACUGAGAAGAACAGAGAUUUGUGACUAAUUUAAAGGCAGCCAUUUCAUCUGUGUAGCAGCAGUAAGUAAAAGUGAAACUAAACUACAGAUUUAGCAGAAGCCAUUACUGAGCUACAGACGGGACAGAAUGGCGUCUGCAUCUUCUCUCCUGGAAGAGGACCUCUCCUGUCCUGUGUGCUCUGAAAUCUUCAGGGAUCCUGUUGUCCUGAGAUGCAGUCACAGCUUCUGUGAGGCCUGUCUGCAGCAUUGGUGGAGAGAGAAGGGAUCUCAGGAGUGCCCAGUUUGCAGGAGAAGAUCUUCUCUAGCUCAUCCUCCCUAUAACCUGUCUCUGAGGAAUAUCUGUGAGGCGUUCUUAAAGAAGAGAAGUCAGAGAGCUGAAGCAGGAUCUGAAGUGCUCUGCAGUCUGCACAGUGAGAAACUCAAACUCUUCUGUUUGGAGGAUCAAAUACCCGUCUGUGUUGUCUGUCAAAAUUCAAGAAAACAUGAAAACCACAAACUGCUACCAGUUCAGGAGGCUGCAGAAGAGUAUAAGGAGAAACUCAGGACUGCAUUGGCUCCACUGCAGGAGAAGCUAAAAGCCUUUAAUGCAGUGAAACUAACCUGUGACCAAACAGCAGAGGAUAUCAAGAGCCAGGCCCAGCACACAGAGAGACAGAUAAAGAUGGAGUUUGAGAAACUUCAGCAGUUCCUAAAAGAUGAAGAGGCAGCCAGGAUCACUGUACUGAGGGAGGAAGAGGAGCAGAAGAGUCAGAAGAUGAAGGAGAAGAUUGAGAAGAUGACAGAAGAGAUAUCAUCCCUUUCGGAACAGAUCAGAGCCAUAGAACAGGAGCUGGGAGCUGAAGACAUCUCAUUCCUGCAGUGCCACAAGGACACACAAAACAGAGCCCAGUGCACACUGGGGGAUCCAGAGAAGGUCUCAGGAGCGCUGAUUGAUGUGGCCAAGCACCUGGGCAGUCUGAAGUACAGAGUGUGGGAGAAGAUGCUGGGGACUGUUCAAUACAGACCAGAAACGCUUAAUGAGCUCAGGAUUGUUCUGCUGGGACAGACUGGAGCAGGAAAGAGUGCAGCAGGAAACACUAUCCUGGGGAGGAAGGUGUUUAAAUCACAGAGCUCCUCUUCCCCUGUGACAGAACAGUGUGAGAGAGCCAGAGGGAUUGUGUGUGGGAGAGAGGUGACUGUGAUUGACACUCCAGGCCUGUUUGACACAAAGCGCAGUAAUGAUGACAUCAAACAGGAGAUUACAAAGUGCAUCGCUCUGUCCCCCCCGGGACCCCAUGUGUUCCUGGUGGUGAUCCAGCUGGGCAGAUUUACACAGGAGGAGGAGGACACAGUGAAGAUCAUUCAGGAGACCUUCGGUCCUGAAUUAGCCAAAUACUCCAUGGUGCUGUUCACUAAAGGAGACAGACAGAAGAACAAAACUAUUGAACAAUUUCUGAGUGUCAAUCGCGUCCUGGCACAUUUCACUACACACUGGUGUGGUGGUAGAUACCAAGUGUUUAACAAUGACAACAGGGAGGAUAGCUCUCAGGUCACAGAGCUGCUGCAGAAGAUUGAUAAGAUGGUGGAAACCAAUGGAGGAGGCUGCUACACCAAUGAGAUGUUCAAGAGGGCUGAAGAAGAGAUUAAAGAGAUAGAAAACAGGAAGCUACAGGAAAUUCUAGCAGGAUUCGGAACACAAUUGGACGCACAAUUGGAAGCUUAUAACAAGAAUAAGUGCCCUACACAGUGAGACGCACAAACAUCCUCUCUUUAUUCACAUCAUACAUGAUAUAAUCUGUACCACAGUGGACCUAUAAUCACACCUUAAAAAUCAACCAUUGUCUGUCACAAUAUUUGUCUGCAUUUCCUUAAUAAUUUGGAUAAAUAUGAACCACUGAUUAUGGCUUUGGGCUUGAUCUUUUUAAGUUUCUGCAUGAAGUCAAAUAAAAUAAUUACAAUUAAUUAAUUAAAAUUAAAUUGUUGUUUUAGGUAGACCUGUACACCAGCUUGUUAAUGCAAAUAUUUAAUCAGCCAAUCAUGUGGCAGCAACUAAAUGCAUAAAAGACUGCAGAUGUGGGCAAGAGGUUCAGCUGUUGUUCAGACCAAAUGAGGCUGAACUGCUGAUCUCCUGAGAUUUUCAUGCACAACAGUUUGCUCAAAAAACAGCCUACAUGACUGGGACCCGCAAGGUCGGUGGUUCUAAUCCCGGUGUAGCCACAAUAAGAUCUGCACAGCCGUUGGGCCCUUGAGCAAGGCCCUUAACCCUGCAUUCCUCCAGGGGAGGAUUGUCUCCUGCUUAGUCUAAUCAACUGUAUGUUGUUCCGGAUUAGAGCAUCUGCCAAAUACCAUUAAUGUGAUAUAAUAUAAAAAAACACCUUGUUAAUGAGAGAGGUCAGAGGAGAAUGGCCAGACUGGUCAAAGCUGACAGGAAGGUGACAGUAACACAAAUAACCACACAUUACAAAAGUGGUAUGUAGAAGAGCAUCUCUGAACACACAACGCAACGCAUCAUAACUCAAAGUGGACAGGCUACAGCAGUAGAAGACCAAUAAGUCUAAAAAAUCAGUCUAAUAAAUACCUAAUAAAGUGCUCACUGAGUGUAAACUAUAUACCUAGGAAAUAAGGAAUAAGGCUAUAUUGUCAUGAGGGCUUUAAGCUGUUGACCUUCUGAAUAUUCAUAGAUAUCUGUUUAGCUACAUAAAGUUAGAAUGUCAAUGUUUAUUCAGCUUAAAUUCAGCUAAAUGAA